AUUUGCUAUUCUGAUAUAAGUCGGCCAUUAUUGGAAAAUGGAUAACUGAGAAGAAGCAUACGAAGAAGACGAAGAAGAAGCGCUGAAAGGAUCUAUUUCUUCCCGUUCAGAAAACCUAGAAAGCUCCAACUCCGAGAAUGGAUGAUAAUAUACUGGAGCAGAACAAGCUUCCUGAGCUAAAACUCGAUGCCAAACAAGCUCAAGGUUUUCUCACGUUCUACAAGACGCUACCCCAGGAUUCAAGGUCUCUUCGGUUCUUCGAUCGCCGUGAUUAUUAUACAGCUCAUGGAGAUAAUGCUAGUUUUAUUGCAAAGACUUAUUAUCAUACAACUACUAUUUUACGGCAAAUUGGUAGUGGAUCUAAUGCACUUUCUAGUGUCAGCAUAAGUAAAACCAUGUUUGAGACUAUCACUCGUGACCUUCUCCUUGAGAGAACAGACCAUACCAUUGAACUUUAUGAAGGGAGUGGGUCUAACUGGAGAUUAGUGAAAAGUGGAAGCCCUGGAAAUCUAGGUAGUUUCGAAGAUAUUUUAUUUGCCAACAAUGAUAUGCAGGAUUGUCCAGUGAUUGUUGCCCUUUUCCCUAACUUUCGAGAAAAUGGAUGUACUGUUGGUUUUGGAUACAUUGAUCUUACUAAACGGGUACUUGGUUUAUCGGAAUUUCUUGAUGAUAGUCACUUCACAAACGUGGAGUCUGCUCUAGUUUCUCUUGGUUGCAAAGAAUGCCUUUUACCAAUGGAGACUGCCAAAUCCAGUGAAUGUAGACCUCUGAAUGAUGCAUUAUCAAGAUGCGGAGUUAUGGUAACAGAAAGAAAGAAGGCUGAGUUCAGAGGAAGGGAUCUGGUGCAAGAUCUCAGUAAGCUCGUUAAAGGAUCUGUAGAGCCAGUUCGUGAUUUGGUAUCUGAUUUUGAAUUUGCACCUGGAGCUUUGGCAGCAUUACUCUCUUAUGCUGAAUUACUUGCAGAUGAGAGCAAUUAUGGAUGCUAUACUGUUAGGCAGUACAGUCUUAGCAGUUACAUGAGAUUGGAUUCUGCAGCAAUGAGGGCUUUAAAUGUCAUGGAGAGCAAAACGGAUGCUAACAAAAAUUUUAGUCUGUUUGGUCUCAUGAAUAGAACCUGUACUGCAGGAAUGGGUAAAAGACUACUUCAUAUGUGGUUGAAACAACCUCUGUUAGAUGAGAAAGAAAUAAAUACUAGGUUGGAUUUGGUACAAGCAUUUGUGGAAGAUUCUGCACUUCGUCAAGAACUUAGGCAACAUUUGAAACGAUUAUCAGACAUUGAAAGACUGAUGCGCUAUCUUGAGAAGAAAGGAGCUAACUUGCAGCAUAUUGUAAAGCUAUAUCAGUCCAGCAUCAGGCUUCCAUACAUCAAAAGUGCCUUGGAUGGCUAUGACGGAUCAUUUUCAACAUUAAUUAAGCAGAGAUACUCUGAUCCUUUGGAGUACUGGAUUGAUGAUAAUCACUUGAAUAAGUUCAUUGGCCUUGUUGAAGCUUCAGUGGAUCUUGAUCAGCUUGAAAAUGGGGAAUACAUGAUUUCACCUGGUUAUGACACAAAAUUGUCUGAGCUGAAGAGUGAACUAGAGUCAUUGGAGGUGCAAAUACACAAUCUGCAUAAGCAAACAGCUAAUGAUCUUGACUUAGCUGUUGAUAAGAGCUUGAAGCUAGAUAAGAGCACACAAUUUGGGCAUGUCUUCAGAAUUACAAAAAAGGAAGAGCCAAAAAUAAGGAAAAAGCUCAACACUCAUUUUAUUGUUCUUGAGACACGGAAGGAUGGGGUAAAGUUUACAAAUUCCAAGCUCAAGAAGUUGGGUGACCAAUAUCAACAUAUUCUCGAGGAUUACAAGAAUUGUCAAAAGGACUUGGUUGCUCGAGUAGUUCAAACUGCUGCCACCUUCUCCGAGGUUUUUGAAUCAUUAGCUUCUCUUCUUUCUGAACUGGAUGUCUUGCUUGGUUUUGCUGAUCUUGCUGCUUGUUGCCCCACUCCUUACACAAGGCCUGACAUCACUUCAUCAGUUGUUGGUGAUAUCAUUUUGGAAGGGAGUAGGCAUCCUUGCGUAGAGGCUCAAGAUUGGGUGAAUUUUAUACCAAACGAUUGUAAACUAGUUAGGGGAAAAAGUUGGUUUCAAAUUAUCACUGGACCUAAUAUGGGUGGUAAAUCCACAUUUAUUCGCCAGGUGGGUGUGAACAUCUUGAUGGCGCAGGUUGGUUCAUUCAUUCCUUGUGAGAAAGCUAGUAUAUCUGUUCGUGAUUGUAUCUUUGCUCGUGUUGGUGCUGGAGAUUGCCAGCUACGAGGAGUUUCUACCUUCAUGCAAGAGAUGCUUGAGACGGCUUCCAUCUUGAAAGGAGCUACUGAGAAGUCUUUGAUUAUCAUUGAUGAAUUGGGACGUGGGACAUCAACAUAUGAUGGGUUUGGUCUGGCUUGGGCAAUCUGUGAGCACAUUGUUGGCGUAAUUAAAGCUCCUACUUUGUUUGCCACCCAUUUUCAUGAAUUGACAGCAUUAGCUCAUGAAAAUUCUCCUGGAGAUAAUAAGAAUAGUGUUGGUGUGGAAAAUUACCAUGUCAGUGCUCAUAUAGACUCAUCCAAUCGAAAGCUUACUAUGCUGUACAAGGUUGAGCAAGGUGCUUGUGACCAAAGUUUCGGCAUUCAUGUAGCGGAGUUUGCAAAUUUUCCUGAAGCUAUAGUUAACCUUGCUAGAGAAAAGGCUGCAGAGCUUGAAGAUUUCUCACCCAUGUCUUCUACUAUUGUCACAAAAUCUGCACAACAAGAACUGGUUGGAUUGAAACGGAAGAGAGAAUUUGACCCUGAAGACGUGUCUAGAGGCUCUGCACGAGCUCACGAGUUCUUGAAAGAAUUCUCUAAAUUGCCAUUAGAGAAAAUGAGCAAAGAGGAGGCUUUAGAACAAGUAGGGAAGUUGAGAAGCAACAUGGAAAAAGAUGCUGCAGACUCUCUUUGGCUUCAGCAAUUCCUUUGAUAAAUAUAUAUAUUAUUUUCAAUCAAAAUGGGGCUUAGGAAUGCUUUAACUUAAUGAUGCAAUUUUUUGUAUAAACGGCCUUUUUAAUCCAAAUAUUAUUAGCUUUUUCAGAAAUUGACAUUUCACACUAGUUUGUUUGUCUUAUU